AUGUCUAUUCCCAUUCGACCACUCGGCCACAACGGCCCUAUGGUGCCUGUUGUUGGUCUGGGCCUGAUGAACAUCGGUGGAGCCUACGGUCCAGCCGGCUCCCUUGAUGAAAAAGUCGCUUUCCUGGAGCAUGCUCAUGCCACUGGACAGCGGUUCUGGGAUACUGCCGAUUUGUAUGCCGAUAGCGAAGAUAUUGUUGGCGAAUGGUUCAAACGCUCUGGCAAGCGUGACGACAUUUUUCUUGCUACCAAGUUCGCUCUCCAGCCGGACAUGGAGGCGGGCGUAACUGUCCGCUCUGAUCCCGAAUAUGUCAAGCAGGCUUGUGCAAAAAGCCUUGCGAAACUUGGUGUCGAUACCAUUGACUUAUACUACUGCCAUCGAGUGGACGGGGUGACCCCUAUUGAGAAGACUAUCGAAGCUAUGGUGGAAUUGAAGAAUCAAGGAAAGAUCCGGUACCUCGGCCUGUCCGAAGUUUCAGAAGCAACCCUCCGUCGAGCCCAUGCCGUCCAUCCUAUCACCGCAUACCAAGUGGAGUAUAGUGCCUUUACACUGGAUAUCGAGUCGCCCGCCGUCAACCUCCUGAAGACCUGUCGCGAGCUGGGCAUCGCAAUAGUGGCGUAUAGCCCUGUCGGCCGUGGAAUAUUAACUGGAGAGAUUCAAUCUCUCGCUGAUAUCCCCGAGGGUGACUUCCGUCGCAUGAUACCUAAGUACUCCGAGGACAACUUCCCUAAGAUCUUGGAGCUGGCAAACGGGCUAAAGAGUGUGGCCAAGGCACAUGAAAGUACCCCUGCACAGGUUGCUAUUGCAUGGCUCCUUGCCCAGGGACCCGACAUCUUCCCCAUUCCGGGAACCAGAUCCAUCAAGAGGGUUGAUGAGAACACUGCAGCCGCUCUACUGGAGUUGACGGACAAAGAGGUCCAGGAUAUCCGGGACUUGGUAGAGCGAACUGAGAUUGUUGGAACUCGGUACCCUGCUAUAAUGAUGGGCAAUAUUUUUGCCGAUACGCCGCCACUGUAG